UCCAUGAUGCUGGGCGCCCCUUUAAGUAGUGUGCUUCACUUUCUCCUCAGAGUCUCUAACUGCUGUAGGAGGGAAUCUAAACCGCAUCCGGCCAUCCCUAUCGUCUGAUCAGGGUCUAGGCGUUCAUUUGUGGCCUGUUCUCGCUGUUGUCGCCCCCAAACUGCUCCCGUCACCCUGGGGAGGGCGGGGUUGUCUUCCCCGCUCUCGGCGUACUUCCGCCCGCUUUUCCAGUUAGUCAUCUAAUCGGAGUGAAGCCACUUCCGGCCUUCUCUGGAGCCUGCCGCAGUUCUCUUCCGGGUGAUGGCGCCCGGCGCCCCGGAUGUAGCCCUAGUGAAAGUCUCUCUUUUUCUUCCCCCACGGCCUCCCGUGGAUCCUGAGCCCAGGGAAGGCUCCUCAGUCCAGUCAUGCCAAAGAGGAAAGUGACCUUCCAAGGUGUGGGAGAGGAGGAUGAUGAGGAUGAAAUUAGUGUUCCCAAGAAGAAGCCAGUGGAUCCUGUGGCUGGGGCAGGGGGUCCUGGGAGCCGCUUCAAAGGCAAACACUCUUUGGACAGUGAUGAGGAGGAUGAUGAUGAAGAGGAGGGGUCCAGCAAAUAUGAUAUCUUGGCUUCGGAGGAUGUGGAAGGUCAGGAAGCAGCCACGCUCCCCAGUGAGGGAGGUGUGCGGAUCACACCCUUCAACCUGCAGGAGGAGAUGGAGGAAGGCCACUUUGAUGCUGAUGGCAACUACUUCCUGAACCGGGAUGCUCAGAUCCGAGACAGCUGGCUAGACAACAUUGACUGGGUGAAAAUCAGGGAGCGGCCACCUGAUCAGCGCCCACCGUCUGACUCAGAGGAAGAGGACAGCCUGGGCCAGACACCAAUGAGUGCCCAAGCCCUUCUGGAGGGCCUUCUGGAGCUGCUGUUGCCAAGAGAGACCGUAGCUGGCGCACUGAGGCGUCUGGGGGCCAGAGGAGGAGGCAAAGGGGGCAGCAAAGGGGGUGGGCGGCCCAGUUCCCCCCAGCGCUUGGAUCGGCUCUCUGGGUUGGCCGACCAGAUGGUGGCCCGGGGCAACCUUGGCGUGUAUCAGGAGACAAGGGAACGAUUAGCCAUGCGGCUGAAGGGGUUGGGGUCCCGGACCCAGGGACCCCCUGAGCCCACACCCCCUCCCUCUCUGGACAUGUUUGCUGAAGAAGUGGCAGAGGGGGAGCUGGAGACCCCAACUCCUACGCAGAAGGGAGAAGCAGAGUUGCCAGGAGAUGGUCUGGUGGACGUGAUGUGGGAAUAUAAGUGGGAGAACACAGGGGAUGCUGAGCUGUAUGGGCCCUUCACCAGCACCCAGAUGCAGCUCUUGCUCUCUUUUCCUGCAGACCUGGGUGAACGAAGGCUACUUCGCAGAUGGUGUUUAUUGCCGGAAGCUGGACCCUCCUGGUGGACAGUUCUACAACUCCAAACGCAUUGACUUUGACCUCUAUACCUGAGCCUGCUGAGGGCCCAGUUUGGUGGCCCCUUCUUUCCUGAACUCUCUGGAGGAGGCCCCAGCUGCCUCAGGCAGUGAGGACUUGAGGGGCCACUUUUCAAUUUCCCUUUCCCAAUAAAAGCCUUUGGUUACAUA